AUGACUCUCACUUGUUGCUCCAUUCUGAUCCUGGGUCUGAGUAUUAUCGUGGGCUCUGGCAGCCAGGAAUUUUCAGUUGUGGACCUAACACACGAGCUGAACGCUGAUACCGUGUACUGGCCUGGCAAUCCAGGAUUCCUGUUCACUAUAUUAAACAGAGGACCAACUCCAGGGGGAUAUUGGUAUGAAUCUAACAAGUUUGAAACCAGUGAACAUGGAGGAACUCAUCUGGACGCUCCCGCUCACUUUGCAGAAGGCAAAUGGCGUGUACAUGAAAUCCCCGCCGAACGAUUGGUUGGCUAUGGCGUCGUUAUCAACGUGAUUGACUGUGUUGUUGAAAACCCAGACUACAGGCUCAAGUAUUUCUUCUUAUUUUUUUUUUCAGGUUUCCACCCUGAUGCGAUCGAUUGGUUAAUUCAGUAUCGAAAUAUAAGCAUGAUCGGAGUAGACACACCUUCAACAGAUUAUGGCCAAUCAAAAACAUUUGAUACUCAUCAGAGAAUGGCAAAAGCUGGCAUAAUAGGCUUAGAAAACGUCAAUAACCUGGACAAAAUUCCACCCAGUGGAUCCACUAUAUUUGUGGGCGUUAUUAAACUGUUUGAUGGCAGCGGAGGACCAGUGAGAAUUCUGGCACUAACUGGCAGGAAAGCAGAACCAGCAUGCAACUGUCCCUUAUCUGGUAGAAACAGUGGGGUUUCUUUGUCAGGAUGUUUUCUAGUGCUUGUUGUUUCUAUGUUAUUUUUGUCAUGGAUGAUAUAG